AUGAGUUCUACGCCAGUAGCGUCGAAGCCUGAGGGUGCAGGGCUGGGAUCGAACGGCAAAGACCCAGAGAAGAGUCGCAUCUCUCCUGUCGUUGAGUUCCCCUCAGAGAGUUCAUCAGAGGAACUUCACUUUGCGGCCCGUAAGGAUGAACUAUUGCCAGCCCAGGAGGAUGAGAAACGCCAGAUUGUCGGCUACGAUGCCGCUCUUAUGCGUGCUCGAGCUGUGUUGAGUAGUGUGGAAGAAAAGAAGCUGCUCAGGCGUAUUGACUGGCAUCUUAUCCCACUUCUAUCGAUUAUGUACAUGGUUAAAAGCGUCGAUGCCAUCAAUGUCUCCAACGCACGAAUCAUGGAUAUGGGAACACCAAGAAACAUCAUGACAGAACUAAGCAUGACGGCCAACCAAUACAAUUGGGUCGUUACAUCAUACUAUAUCCCAUACAUCCUGGCAGAAGCGCCUUCCAACCUUAUCGUUAAAUGGAUGAGUCCAUCCAGAUUCCAGGCUCGAAUAAUGAUAUCCUGGGGCAUAGUGCUUUGUUGCCACGCGGCACUGAAGAAUCGCCAGGGUCUCUACGUGGUUCGAGCAUUCCUGGGUCUCCUGGAAGCUGGACUGUGGCCUGGUACAAUGCUGCACUUGUGUUAUUGGUAUAGGCCUGAUGAAUUGGCCCCACGAAUCGUGCUUGUAACGCUUCUAGGCAACUUCAGUACCGUGAUAAGCGGUGUUCUGGCAUUUGCGUUCAAUGGAGUUACUGCAGGGGGCUUAUCUGGAUGGAAAUGGCUUAUCCUGAGCGAGGGGAUAUUCACCAUCCUCUUGGGGAUUGCAGUGCUUCUAUUCCUACCAGACUUUGCCGCCACAGCAUCCUGGUUAAGUGACAAGGAAAAAGCAUUUAUCACAGCUAGGCUACCAAUAAACGCACCUAGAUCCUCUGAAGAUGACUUCAACUGGCAGGAAUUUCUUGCUACUCUGAAAGACAAAAAACUCUGGCUAUUCCUACUGUGCUGGGCGUUCUAUACCAUUGGCACAACCGGCUUGUCGUUCUACCAGCCCACUGUGAUCGCGAACCUGGGAUUCACGUCGAUCGGCCAAGCUCAACUCCUGAACAUUCCUUCGGCUUUCUUCGCAGUGGCGUUCACCAUCAUUUUCGGCAUAUUUGCCAACACGGGUCGAAUUCCACAGCCUCUAAUCCCACUGGGUUUCAUGAUUGUCAUUGAAGCAUGUUAUGUCGUCCUCUACACAUUCCCAAACACUGGCGGUGUGUAUGCUGCCACUAUUCUUGCGGGAGGACUAUCAACAGCUUGGUAUACGAUGAUGUGGCCCUGGCGAGUCCAGACCACCGAAGGUGCCACAGGAUCCGCAUUUGCCAUUUCCUUCGCCAACAGCUACGGGCAGAUUGGUGGCGCAAUCGGUGCCCAUCUCUUCAAUUCAAGAUUUGCACCCAAGUAUGCCACCUCCUUUGGAAUUGCAAUGGGGUUCAUUGGUAUGGCGAUCAUCAUGAACAUAAUUACUUGGCGGUUCACUUACCGCGUUGAUGUGGAGACGCGCAGGCUUAAGAGAAAGAGAAUUGAGGCCGCAAAGAGGAAUGAGGCUUUGUUGGAUGAUGUCGAUAUCCAUGCGGGCGAGAAGAGUAGAGCCUGA